CAAUAGUGCGUCAGCGCAGACGGUCGAAGAAGCAACGGGCGUUCUCACAGCAGACGCGUACAAUACAUUGGUAGAGAGUUGACAGUUCAUUUUUAUUAUUCUAGUGCAACGAUAAUACAUACCACUACGUAGUGUGUUGAUAUGUCCGAUAAUACGUGUGCUAUUUCCUGUUGAUCUUUAUUAGGUUUUAUCAUCGAUGAGUUUAAUGCAAAUAAGUUUCUAAGUUAUAAAUAAGUCAUUUAAAAAAUCAUCAUACGUUCGAUGAGAAGUUUGUCUCGACAACAAAAAGCUUGAAGUUAUUUAUAACAAAUCAUUAACAUCUUUUGCGAUUAGAAUAAUACAGGGAUUACAUCGGUUUUGCGACUCUUCCCGAACAAGUACAUCGAAAAUCAGUUAAAAGAGGAUUCGAAUUUACCUUGAUGGUAUUAGGCGAAACUGGACUUGGAAAAUCGACGCUUAUCAAUAGUCUUUUUCUUGGAGAUUUAUACAAAGAACGACGUAUCCCAGAUGCUUCAGAGCGCAUUGAUAAAACUACUACGAUUGAAAAAAAAACGAUGGAUAUAGAAGAACGAGGUGUUAGAUUACGUCUAACGAUCGUAGAUACACCAGGAUUUGGAGAUGCUGUUAAUUGUGAAGACACAUGGAAACCAUGCCUGGCAUAUAUCGACGAACAAUUUCGUCAAUAUUUCACCGACGAAAGUGGAUUAAAUAGAAAAAAUAUUCAAGAUAAUAGGGUACAUUGCUGUUUAUAUUUUAUACCACCGUACGGUCAUGGUUUGCGGCAAUUGGACCUCGAAGUAUUACGACGUUUACAUAGAAAAGUUAACGUAGUACCUGUAAUCGCAAAAGCCGAUACACUUACAACACAAGAAGUUAAAAAAUUGAAGGAACGAAUUCUUGCUGAUAUAGAAGAACAUGAAAUUCAGAUAUAUCAAUUCCCUGAUUGUGAUAGCGACGAAGACGAAGAAUUCAAACAACAGGAUAAAGAAUUGAAAGCAUGUAUACCUUUUGCGGUCGUGGGUAGUUCUACCGUAUUGGAAGUAGCAGGAAGAAAAGUUCACGGUCGACAAUAUCCAUGGGGAGUCGUAGAAGUCGAGAAUCCAAAGCACAGCGACUUUGUGAAACUCCGAACAAUGCUGAUAUCAACGCAUAUGCAAGAUCUUAAGGACGUAACACAAGAUGUACAUUAUGAGAAUUUUCGGGCCCAAUGCAUUUCACAAAUAUCACAACAAGCAAUACGGGAACGGAGGUAUUUACGCAUUAAAUUGAAAAGAGAUUCGGGACCACAUUUUGAAAACAAUAUAUCUGACACGGACAGAUUGCUCCUGCAAAAGGAUGAAGAGAUACGAAGAAUGCAAGACAUACUAGCACAAAUGCAAGAAAAAUUAAAAGCAACGGGACAAGUUGGAAAUAACAUCGGAAUGAGAGGCAGGGUUGGAAGUCUCGGUAACGACUUGGACGUUACUGAUGUAGAUAAAAAACGAAGCAGUAUUAUUGACGUUUAAGAAUAGCAGUUAGAACGGUAGAUUAUUUAUCUUUGAUUUGUAACAAUGUUGGUAAAAUGUUAACGUUGAACAAGAGCGACUUUUUUAUACGA